AUGGCGUGGUGGAAUAACAGAGGAAAAACACCUGACUCUUGUCUCUCUGCGCUCCAGGUAGAGCAAGCGGAUGACCCUGCCAGGCCCACAGGGAGCUCGCCGACUGGCCCUCCAGAAUUGGCCUAUCCCGUUUACACGCAGGACGACGUGACCAAGCACAGGACGCUGGAGGACGGCGUGUGGGUGACCUACAAUGGGAGCGUUUACGACAUCACCGACUUUGUGGCGGUGCACCCAGGGGGCGACAAGAUCAUGCUGGCUGCGGGGGGCGCCCUAGAGCCCUUCUGGGCCCUGUAUGCCGUCCACAAUCAGGAGCACGUGCUGGAGAUCCUGGCAGAGUACAAGGUGGGGGAGCUGUGUCCUGGAGACUGUAAGGAGGAAGGGGCGACUUCUGCGGAUCCCUACUCCAGCGAUCCUCCCAGGCACCCGGCCUUGAGGGUCAACAGCCAGAAGCCGUUCAACGCUGAACCGCCCUCGGAGAUCCUCUCCGAGAACUUCAUCACCCCCUCGGCCUUCUUCUUCAAGCGGAACCACCUCCCGGUGCCCCGGGUCGACCCCCACGCCUACCGCCUGGAGAUCCACGGCCUGCCGCGGGGCCCGGUCUGUCUGUCCCUGGAGGAGAUCAAGACCAAGUUCCCGAAGCACACCGUGACCGCCACGCUGCAGUGCGCGGGCAACCGCCGCUCCGACAUGAACCGGGUGAAGCAGGUGAAGGGUCUGAACUGGGGCAUCAGCGCCAUCAGUAAUGCCACAUGGGGGGGUGCGCGGCUCAGGGACGUCCUGGUGUACGCGGGUUACCUCCCCGGGUCCAGCGCUCGGCACGUGCAGUUCGAAGGUCUGGAUGUGGACCCCACAGGGACCCCUUACGGGGCGUCCAUCCUGUUGGGCAAGGCGGUCAGCGAGGAGGGCGAUGUCCUCUUGGCCUACGAGAUGAACGGGGAGGACCUGCCCGCCGAUCACGGGUACCCGCUGCGCGUGGUAGUGCCAGGAGUGGUCGGGGCGCGCAACGUGAAGUGGCUGGGCAAAAUCGUGGUGAGCGAGGAGGAGAGCCAGAGCCACUGGCAGCAGAACGACUACAAGGGCUUCUCUCCUGGGACCGACUGGGACACGGUGGACUUCAAGACGGCCCCAGCCAUCCAGGAGCUGCCCGUGCAGUCGGCCAUCACCGUGCCCCAGGAGGGCGUCGUCCUGGGGGCAGGCCAGGGCACUGUGACCGUGCAGGGCUACGCCUGGAGCGGCGGCGGGAGGGAGGUGGUGCGGGUGGACGUCUCUCUGGACGGCGGAAGGACGUGGAACGUGGCCAGGCUGCAGCACGGAGAGGAGGGAGGAGCCGCGCCCGCGCCGCCUAACCGCUCCUGGGCCUGGACACUGUGGGAGCUGAGAGCCCCGCUGCCCCCGGGCGCCCGGGAGCUGGAGAUCGUGUGCAAAGCAGUGGACAGCAGCUACAACGUGCAGCCGGACACGGUGGCGCCCAUCUGGAACCUCCGGGGAGUCCUAAGCAACGCUUGGCACCGGGUCCGGGUCAGGGUGAGUGAGGACCAGAGCAGGACAGACUAGCCCCGCAAUAACACCCAGCCUUGUAUCCUCAGGACAGAACACCAGCUCAUGAACCCGUCCCAGAGCGCUCUCUGUAAGAAUGGGCCAACGAACUGACCCAGAACCCAUCCCAGAGCACUCUCUGUAAGAACUGGCCAACGAACUGACCCAGAAUCCAUCCCAGAGCACUCUCUGUGAGAACGGGUCCAUAUCCUGACCCAGAAUCCAUCCCAGAGCGCUCUCUGUGAGAACGGGUCCACAUCCUGACCCUGAACCUGUCCCAGAGCAUUCUCUGUGAGAACGGGCCGUCAGCCUGGCCCAGAACCAAUCCCAGAGUGCUCUCUGUUAGAAUGGGUCCACAUCCUGACCCAGAACCCGUCCCAUAGCGCUCUCUGUGAGAAUGGGCCGACAGCCUGACCCUGAACCCGUCCCAGAGCGCUCUCUGUGAGAACGGGCCUACAGCCUGACCCAGAACCCGUCCCAG